GAACCAUCCCAGUAACUCAACCACGGCUGGUCUUCGCUGGACACCAUGAACCACACUGUCCAAACCUUCUUCUCUCCUGUCAACAGCGGCCAGCCCCCCAACUAUGAGAUGCUCAAGGAGGAGCACAAGGUGGCUGUGCUGGGGGUGCCCCACAACCCUGCUCCCCCAACGUCCACCGUGAUCCACAUCCACAGCAAGACCUCCGUGCCCCACUGUGUCGUCUGGUCCCUGUUCAACACCCUCUUCAUGAACCCCUGCUGCCUGGGCUUCAUAGCAUUUGCCUACUCCGUGAAGUCUAGGGACAGGAAGAUGGUUGGCAACGUGACUGGGGCCCAGGCCUAUGCCUCCACCGCCAAGUGCCUGAACAUCUGGGCCCUGAUUUUGGGCAUCCUCAUGACCAUUCUGCUCAUCAUCAUCCCAGUAUUAAUCUUCCAAGCCCAUCGAUAGAUCAGGAGACAUCAU